ACAGAUGCUAAAGUAGACCUAAUCACAAGUGAACCAGACAUCAACAUGGGAAGUGACCAGUUAAUCUUGUGCAAAGCUGGAAAAGAGGCAGAUAUUCAGUGGCAGAAGGAUGGGGAAGACAUUGAUGAGGAACGUCAUGGAGUGGAGAAAAUUGAUGAAACGUCAAGUAAAGUGGUCUUAAAGAAGGUAACCCUGGAAGACAGUGGAACUUAUAAAUGCAUUUGCCAUUAUGGCAAUCACGAGGAUGAAGCAACAGUGAACAUCUUUGUCUAUGAAAUGCCUAACUUUGGCAAGACAGAGACAUACCAUGAAUUUUUAUUGAACCAGGUGGCACGCAUUCCUUGCAUGGUCAGUGGGAAACCUGAGGUGGAUAUCAACUGGUAUCGGCAUGGUCGCCCUGUUAGCAAUGGUAGGACCCUUUCUCUGGGCUCCUCAUGUGGUGCUGGGCAUCAAAAAGUGCUGCCAGAUGGGACUCUGCAGAUUGCAGACAUACAGAAGGAGGAUUCUGGAACCUACGUAUGCGAGGGCAGAAUCAGAGGACGGAAGAUACUGAAGAUGCUAAACAUCUCCAUCAGUGUAAAUGUUCCACCAACUGCCAUAAUUCGUAGAAAGAAGACAAAUGUCUUUGCGGGACCCAAUGCAAAUGCCACGAUCACCUGCUUGGUCACUGGGCUACCUGUUCCAAGCAUUACCUGGGCAACGCCUCCCACCUCUGAUUCUUCUCGCUACAUAUACAACUCAGACAAGAGUGAACUCAUCAUCCCAGCUGUGGUCAGAAGUGACUCUGGAAAAUACGUCUGCAUAGCUAGAAAUAAAAUUGGAGAGGAUAGUGCCACUUUCGAGCUGGAUGUCUCAGAAAUCCCGCUGGUGACCCUGAGCCAGAACACGAUGAUAGUGCAGCUCGGAGAGUCUGUGCUCGUCUCAUGCAAUGCCACUGGACACCCUGUGCCCACCGUCAGCUGGAGGAGGAAGGGCAACAACAGUUCCAUGAGGAUAGAGGGAUCACAGCUCUUCAUUGAGAACGUGGUGCCCUCUGAUGGUGGUGUGUAUUCCUGCGAAGCUGGCACCGAGGCUGCCCACACCACAGAGGACUUCAGUCUCAUAACGUCGCCGGCAGUCCCAUCAUUGUUUAGUGUGUCACCUGGGCCAAUGUCAGCCCACAUCACUCUGAACGCCACCAUACCAGACGGAGGCUCUCCCCUCACGAAAUACGUCCUGCAGUGGAAGAAACAACCACAGGAUAACUGGAGCGAAGCCACUGUUCCUCCAUCCAGUGUCCUAGUGGUCGGGUUUCUGGCUCCAUACACCGAAUACUUUGUCCGCUUUGCCGCCCAAAACGAUCACUUCCUUGGGGGCUUUUCAGCUGAGCAAAAGAUCCGUACUCAGGCCAAACGUGAGUGGGAGCCAGACCAUCCCGUAUUGUCUCUUGGUGCGAUUGUGAUAGAGGGAAACUCUUUCUUCAUCCCCUUUAAACAGCUGGAUGAUGGAGGCUCUCCUAUUAUGCACUAUGUUGUGCGGUACAAAAUGGACAAGGAGGGGGAGGAUUGGAGAGAAAAGCACAUACCUGCAAACUCCACCCAGGUUCAUCUUCCUCAGCUCCAGCAAGGCACAAACUACCUGAUUGAGGUGUUGGCUGUUAACUCCAAUGGCUUCUCCAGUCCUGCCAAGUUAAACUUUUCCAUGCCGCAGGUUGCAAGCAAAGCUGUCUUGGGCAAAGCAGGUGUGGUGGGCAUUGUCAUGGUCAUCUUCCUGGUGCUAUUGCUAUCGGUGGAUGCCUUCUGUUGCUAUAGAAAUCAUUGCGGCCUGCUCAAAUUCCUCAGUAGGAAUUUAUUUGUCAUCGAGAUGCCUGUGUCUAAGAGUCUGGAGGAAGGAGUAGUCAACAAUGCUGCUGUAGACAUGAAUGGGCUAGAGAAUCCGUGCAGUAGCGUCCCAAAACUACAUGCCCAAAAUGGGUUGGCAAGUGGUGUGAGGUCAGAGAUCACAUGUGACAGAGCACCCCUCACCAAAUUUGAGAAACCACCAGCCAGUGCUAACACACCUGCUGAAGCAUGA